AUGUGGGACUCACUACCCUCCUGUUUGACUGCCAAGGAUUUCCUCUCAGAGCUGUUGCACAAGUGGAGGCACUUGGUUGGCGGGAAGGUUCAGAGGGGCCUAAGAGCGAUUGAGAGCGGCCGUUUUAGUCAUGAUAUCAUCUUCUCGGCAACUCCAAACACUCCCCCGAAUAGCCUGAUUUCUGGGAGGCGGCGGUACCGGGUGCUCUUCAGCUGCCAGGUGUGGCCCGACGACUGCGAGGAGGAUGGCGAGGCUGAGGCGGGCCGCCUGGGCCAGCGACUUGUCCAACUGGGCCAGAGGUCCCUGGACGUCCUGACCAAGUGGUACAGCAGCUUCCAGGACUGUGACGGUGGCGACUGCAGGAUCCACAACGACUUUUCAGGUUUAGAUUCAGACCUGAGUGUGCGGCUGCAUGGCCAGCAUUUGGCCCAGGAGCUGAUCCUAAGAACAGUGAGAGGCUACCUAGAGAUGCCCCAGCCAGACAAGGCCCUGGCACUCUCCUUCCACGGCUGGUCUGGCACAGGCAAGAACUUCGUGGCACGGAUGCUGGUGGAGAACCUGUAUCGGGAUGGGCUUAAGAGUGACUGCGUCAAGAUGUUUAUUACCAUGUUCCAUUUUCCACACCCAAAGUACGUGGACGUGUACAAGGAGCGGCUGAUGGACCAAAUCCAGGGGACGCAGCAGCGCUGCCAUCAGAGCCUGUUUAUCUUUGACGAGGCCGAGAAGCUGCACCCGGAGCUGCUGGAGCUCCUUGGACCACACUUGGAACGCCAGGCUCCUGAGGUCCGCAGGACCGAGUCUCAAAGAACCAUCUUUCUUUUCCUCAGUAACCUUGGAGGCAACGUCAUCAAUGAGGUGGUCCUGAAUUUGCUUAAGGCUGGAUGGGCCCGGGAAGAAAUUACAGUGGAACACUUGGAGCCCCGUCUCCAGGCAGAAAUUAGGGAGUCCACAGAGAGUGGCUUUGGCCACAGCCGUCUUGUGAAGGAAAACCUGAUUGACUUCUUUGUCCCUUUCCUGCCACUGGAGUACCGUCAUGUGAGACUGUGUGUACGAGAUGCUUUCCUGAGCCAGGGGCUUCUGUAUACAGAAGAGGUCCUAGACGAAGUUGCCAAGAUGAUGACCUAUGUUCCCAGGGAGGAACAACUCUUUUCUUCCCAGGGAUGCAAAUCUAUUUCCCAGAGAAUUAACUAUUUCUUGCCUUGAAGGCUCAAUGAAGACUUCUCAAGAUGCUUUGUUCCACUGACAAAACUCUGGGACUUGCCAGGUCACUGGUUGGCAGCCAACAAUGGCCAACACACAACUAGUGCAUAAAAGGCAAGGCUUAACUCUGGAAGCAAAAUCAAUUCUUAGAAUCACUUGGUGCCUUAUAGACCCACACUCCAAAAUGUGGGCCAGGAAGCUAGAAAAGCCAGAAGGAGAUGAGCAAAGUCCAAGGGCUUGUUCACCCCAUGAUGGCCUCGUUGGCAUUGUAGCUCUUACUGGCAGAUGGCUGGAUUGGGUUUUGUGCUUCCAAGGCUGUGGGAUACUUGGUUUAGCGAAGAGAAAAGUUCUAUGGCCCAGUGAAGGAGAGAAUACCUUGAGUUUGCAAGGUAAGGGGGCUAGUUCUAAAGUUAUUACUCUUAGAAAGCUGAGCAGCUUCUGUUUGUGAGGGCAUCAGCAUUAGGCUAAAAGGAAAAGUGCACAGAAGAAGAUACUUUUAAAAUCAUCUAAGUGUUCUUCUGGUCUGCAGAUUGAAAAACAAAAUUUGGUGGAGAGGGUGAGACAGGGUCUCACUAUGUAGUUGAGACUGACCUGG